CGCCGCUCGCUCACUCACUCUCAGUCGUUCGCCGAGCUCUUCUGUGGAUGCAACACCGUCCAGACACAUCAAACAAACCCAAACAAUGACAUUAUCUGCAACGACACGACAGAGACACACCAUUAUCUGACUAACUGAACCAAUCCCGCGCCUCUCUCUGCUCGCCGUUUGCCGCCUCAGUCCAGCCCUGCGCCCAGAGGCUAGUGAGGCACCAUGAUGCUCAGCAGCUCAGUGGACGUACCCAGCCCAGGCGGGAUGAGUGCGGUGGCGGCCCGGAAUGUGGUUCGCAGUUCAAGCAUCAGCGGCGCCAUGUACAGCCUGGAGAAGAGCCCCAGCAGCACAGGGCCUGAUGCCACAGGCCUGGCCGGAAACAAGAAGCGUCGCUCCAGCCUGGGAGCCAAGAUGGUGGCCAUCGUGGGUCUGUCACAGUGGAGCAAGAGCACACUGCAGCUCAACCAGCAAGAUGGUGGAACAAAGAAACUGCGCAGCACCAUCCGGCGGAGCACAGAGACAGGCAUCGCAGUGGAGAUGAGGAACCGUGUCACGCGGCAGGGCAGCAAGGACUCGACAGAUGGCAGCACCAACAGCAACAGCUCUGAUGGGACCUUCAUCUUCCCCACCACUCGCCUCGGCCCUGAGAGCCAGUUCAGUGACUUCCUGGACGGCCUUGGUCCCGCUCAGAUAGUGGGGCGGCAGACAUUAGCCACACCGCCAAUGGGUGAUGUUUACAUCGGUGUGGUGGAUAGAGGGGGUCAGUUAGAGGUCGAGAUCAUGCAGGCCCGAGGUCUGACCCCUAAACCAGGCUCAAAGAACAUUCCAGCAACAUAUGUAAAGGUUUAUGUCCUGGAGAAUGGAAUGUGUCUCGCUAAGAAGAAAACCAAAGUGGUGAAGAAAACCCUGGAUCCAACCUUCCAGCAAUCCCUGAUGUUUGACGAGAGUCCGCAGGGGAAAGUGCUGCAGGUGAUCGUGUGGGGCGAUUACGGCCGCAUGGACAGCAAGUGUUUCAUGGGAAUGGCUCAGAUCCUCCUGGAUGAUCUGGAUCUGACAUCGACGGUGGGUGGCUGGUACAAGCUCUUCCCCACCUCCUCUCUGGCGGACCCUAGCAUCGGCCCCCUGACACGCCGACUCUCCCAGUCCUCGCUCGAGAGUGCCACCAGCCCCUCUUGUACCUAGAAACAUCCACGUCCCCUUCUAAAUACGCCCAUCUUCUCUAUCUCUACGUGUGUAUCUUUGUUCAAUAUACCCCGUCACUGACCCCAAACGCAUGAACACACACCCUGAUAGAUACAGCCAACUCGCCCGGGGCUGGAACGCUCCUCUUUACCGAUACAGAUAUUAAGAGUUGGAUACAAAUCAGGCGUGACACAUAACACACACACAUCCUCGCAGAUGGAUAUGGGUGUAACCAGCAACAUGCAGUCACAGGGUUGUGAAAAAUUAGUCACGGCUAGUUACAUACAGAUCCAUUGUCUGCAGGUCAAUUAACAGGGGCAUUUAAUAAACCCGCCGAGAAAUAUUCCUGACAAUGUAGCAUUCGUGUUGACAUCACGUCACACAGGAAGCAGAAUGGGUUCUCCAAGACUAGUAGUUUCCAGACCCUCGAGGGUCAGUCAUUUCUCUAUGCCAAACCCAAACAAAGUUUUAUUUUUUAAAAACCAAAGCAAUUCUUAUUAUCUGUAGUGUUAUAUUAUAGAGUAUGGAUAUGUAGCAGAGUCAGUGACUUAGAUGAGAUGCAAAAAACAAAAACGUGUUAGAAAAACUCAUAAGGUGCGGUCACGUUAGCGAAAUUUUGUCGGCAAAGGAAUACAUUUUCAGUUGUCGUUAGUGUAGCCACGUAUUAAGUCACUUUCAUACCAAGCAACUUUUGGCGUGGCAAUUUUGCGUGACCAACUUGAAGACGAACGAAGUCUGCGUCGCGACUUUUUCGCCCUUGCGUGAAAUGGAUUCCUAUAGAAAUGACUGGAAUUCGCCUGCAAAAUUUCGGUAAAUGUGAUCGCACCUCUAGAAUACAUUCACAAUUAAACUUUUAAAGGGCAGGGUUUUACUCCACACGUCAGGUUAUUUAUUAGAAAUGCACAUGAUUCCUGUCGCAUAAAGUAGCGUAUUCUUUUUUUUUCCUUUUCGGAGAGCUGAAUAAAUAAAUAGAUAGAUCGAUGUUUAUGUAUUUAUCGACUGCAUUCUGCACGUUAACUCGCAACCCUUGUUGAGCAAAAUAUGUAAAGUGCUAUUUUCAGCUUGCCUUUAAAAUUACGUAGACUUAUAGAUGGUAGGUUAUUUAUUUUGCUAAUGUUUCAAUCUCACUCUUUGUCUGAACAACACCAUCUGCACCGAGCUGCAGACGUAGUCGAGGGAAUCGAACCCGCCGAAGGAGAACCAACUGUCCUGUUAAACCAGCAACUCUCAUACACAGCUGCAUUGUGGGAUACGCCGAACAGUGUCCGCUGGCAAGCAAGAAAACUUUUCUUGUACCAAGCACCGAAGCUUUCUGGGAAGUUGAAGCCGCAUUAGACUUUACCGCCUCAAGUAGUUUUGGGUUUCUUUCUACCAGCAUUUGGAACUGUUAAAGGCCUUUCCCAUUUCCUGUCACUCUCAGGAGGUCACGCUGAACAAAAAAACACACACACACGCAACAAUAUGAGGACUGGUGAUGGGGUCGCUCUCUCAACAGGAUCUUGCAGCCCAAAUCAAAUGGUAUUCUAUAAACUCCUGGACACUUUUUUUUGGUCUUUCGAGCCAUUGUGACUAUUCCUGUCCAAUCAGCAGUCUUCUUUAGCGUCGUCUCUGAAGCUGAGUGGCUCUUGACGGUUCUUCAGUCGAUCUUCGGUGUUAUGGAGACUUGUGGAAGGAAAGCAGCACUGUAGGUAAAAACCAGAACAUUAUUCAAUUCUAAAUUCCCAUAUGGAUAAUUUGCCAAAUUAUUAAAGACGUCUGUAUAAUUCAAUCUGUUUAAACUGUCUUUGAUGGAAGCGCACAAACUUUUUUGUUUGAUUCUCUGUUUUGCAUCACGAUGGUGUAGAUAGAUCUGCUUUUAUAGGCGGAUUAUGAGACCGCCAGCAAACCGUUUCAUCUGAUUUAUCAUAUUGAAUCGCAUCAGCGUUUGAAGUAUUUAAGUAUUGUGUUUUGUACAUGUUUUUUUCUAUCUGCCAACAUCACAGCUAAACUGGUCAAGAGUUACAGUACAAAAUGUCACCAUUUAUCUGGAUGCUCAUAAGAAAGUGUGCCUCACAUUCCAUACUUUCAAAAUCUCUUGUUUUUAUUAUAUCUCUUGUAUUUAUUAUCCAAGGCCAUUCCAUCAAUGCACUUUACAGUACAUGCACAUGUUUCAAAGCAUUUGGUAAGAUGUAGAUACUAUAAAAUGGUCGUGUUCAUAUAGAGAUUUAUCUUUAAAUCCUGAGAAACAUUUAGUCAUUGCUUGUGUCUUUAUCUUUUCUCUGUUCAUAAAACAAAGAAUCUUUAAGGACAUUUUCAAGUUUUAUUUUUACGUGAUUACAAAAUCAGCUGAAUCAGAAGACACGUUAAUAUAUUUGCAUUUUAAUUGUUUCUGUAAGACAAAAAGUAUAAGUUGGGACUUUACACUUUCUUACUUUCAUCCGAAACUGCAAAAUAUGUAUUUUACCCAUGCCAGAUUUAACAUAUUUACAGUAUUUAAUUUUCAGCCCGUUGCCCGUUUUUCAAGCUCUGACGUUUUGCCUUUAAACAAACAAAAAGAGUUUCUGCUAUCAUUCACACACAUGGCCUGCUUCUUUUGUAUUUGCACAAGUUUGAUUGUGUUGCACCUUUGUCUUUUUCACUAACAGAAAAAUGUCUGUACAUUAAAUUAGGAACAAAAAUGACUUCUUAAUUCUAAUUUAAGAUGAAAUUGUAUUACUGUACUGAAAACAAAUUGUAUUUGCAGCUGAAUGUUUGUCCUUGGUAAACACAUAUGAAAUGACUAUUAGAUAUUGAUAUUUUUUCUAUGUGACUUGGGAAUUUGGGAUAAUAUACGUGUCCCUUUACUGUACAAUGAAGUAGUUACAAAAUCUUACUGGUCUUGCAUUUUUGCAAAAUGAAAAGAGUCUGAAUGCAUGAAUAUUUGUACUGUACUGCUCUAUUUUUUUCAGGUGUAGUGGAUGGAUGUAGAUUGUUGCAGUCCAUAGCUAAACCAAAUGCAACAUUGACAAAAAAAAAAAAAAAUUCUAGAUUUGCCGCUUCCAGAUUUCUGUGGUUUGGAUGCGUUUUGAUAUUUUAACAUGGAAUGAGAAUGAUCAGAUCUGUUUUGUUCUGACAGUAAUCAGAUACAGCUAACAAAUGCUUCUGUGAUGUUUUGAUAAUCUGUAAAUACAAACCUUUGAGUAUGAUGUUGUAACUUCCAGAAAAAGUGGCUGGCAUCUGGUUUGUUUAAAUGCUCAGUGUUGAACUACAUCAUGCUUUUAUAUGCGAGACCCCUUCAUGCUUUUCAGUUCGUACAUGGUGAAGUCUGAAGAGUCUUUCUUGGCAGUUUUAUGGCAUGUGCAGUUUCUGUGUGAGUGUAAGUGACCCCAGCCUGACUGGGGAAUGAUCUUAAUACACUGAAUACAGAUAUCAAUAUCAGUGUGAUGUUAUGAUGUAAGCUGAAUAAACCUGACAGAGCGUUUC